GUGCUGGCCAUAAGAACACGAAAAGUCAAAAUCUCAAUCCUCAACGACUCUAAAUACAUUACAGCCAUUGUCUACGUGUCGAGUCUGGUGGUCGUUGUUAUGAUGCUGGUGACGUUUGUGUCGGGGAACCUACAGAAUCUCAACGAAGCCUUCUUUUCAGCGGGACUUCUACUCUCGACUUACAUUUUCCUGGGACUCACCUUCAUUCCAAAGAUGGUAGGCUACUACCGUGAUCCACAUGGAGAUAAAAUGAUGAAAGAUUUGACGGGUGCUCACAGCAUAAAACUGCAAAGGUCGGGGUUCGGACAGCAGAGCGGUACAGCUGAGCAAGAGAGGGUGGGCACUCUACAGAGAAGACUCACAGAGCUCGAGGGAGAGCUCAAAAUAUACAAGGCAAGACCAUGUAACUAUAGCUACCAAACUAAACAGAGCCAUGUUCUUUAGUGUUCAUGAAAAUA